AUGGCACUCAGUAUCGACCAGAAGCGCCUCAAAGCGACCAAGUUCCCUCCCGAGUUCGAUAAGAAGGUGGACAUUGAGAAGGUCAAUGUUGACCUGAUGAAGAGGUGGAUUGCCAAUAAAAUCACCAACAUCCUCGGCGAUGAAGACGACAUAGUGGUCGAGACGUGCUACAAUUUGGUUGAGCAAAGUCAAUUCCCCAAGAUCAAGGAAAUCCAGAUCCAGCUCACAGGCUUUCUGGGCAAGGACACCGCAUCGUUCUGCAAAGAACUAUGGGACCUCAUGCUGAGCGCCCAAGACAGUCCCAUGGGCGUACCGCGCGAGCUUUUGGAGGCGAAAAAGGCCGAGUUGCAGCAGGAGCAGCUUUCCAAAGCCGCUGCCGAUGCGCGACGCGCCGAAGAACAGGCCCAGAAUGCCAUGAUCGACUCGUUCCGCCACAGCGAACGCUCAGACCGCCCCGAACGCGGACGCGGUGGUGGAGGUGGGCGGUACCGCGGCAGUGACCGAGAAGAAGGCCCUCGCCACCAACUCGCGAGCGCGAUGUGUAUAUACCUGGAGGAGGCCGAGGCCGCGGACGUGGAGGUCGUCGCGAUAGGUCUCGCGAGCGCCGUCGUUCUCCCUCUGGCAGUCGUUCUGCAUCCCCACCAUAUCGUCGUGCACGUCGCUCACCAUCGUCAGGACCAUCGCGAAGUCCACCCCGGCGCCGAAUCCGUCGUUCGCCGUCUUCUGAUCGCUCUAGAUCUCCGCCUCGCCGCACGCGACGCAGAUCUCCCUCACGAAGCAACUCGCCACCUGCCAGACGGCAAGGAGCACGCAGGGAUAGAUCGUGGUCCCCUAAUCAUGACAGCAGGAGGCUACCCAGGCAUACUUCACGAUCCAGUACUCCCCGUGACAAAUCGAGCUCACCAGCGCCCAGGCUCCGAACAAGGUCACCGUCACGUACCCCGCCACGCCGGCGACGCCGCUCUCCUUCACGGUCUGUUAGCCCUGUGCGUGAGCGACGACGUAGAUACUCGACGUCGUCGGAUGCUGAUUCAAAAGACUCUCGCGCUGGUAUCAAGAAGCGCAAACGCUCGCCUAGCUCGAGCAGGUCGCGCUCCCGCAGCAAGGCUGAACGAGGUAGGCGCCGUGUCACUCGCUCGCCGUCAGAUUCGCCUGUCCGAAGGGAACGCAGUCCGAAGGAGUAGUUCAGCCUUGACAAUUUUCAGCGCGUGUCACAGGACGCAGUAG